GGGAAAUUUUCAAGUUCAGAGGGAAGUCUUGGCAACGGAGAUGGCUCGUUAGCUCCGAUUGCUCUUCUACAGCUAUCUAUAAGAUGACCUUUUGACAAGACAUGCUUUUUGGCAUUUUGUUUGAUACUCGAUUUCUGUGGAAUACUUACGAAAGAAUUAUUGAGGCGGCGCUAUGGCAGAUUACAACUCCUCCGACUUGAACUCGAUUCUAAACACAUUAUCAGCCCUGUCCAAACCGGCACCACCAGGAGUUCAGAAUACCUCUAUUCAGCAGCCUUAUGGCUCCCUCCCCCAUAUCCAAAAUGUCGAAGACGACGCAUACGAACCCCCAGACAUUCCAGCUCCAGUAUCCUCGACGCCCAAACCGCAACCACAACCACAACCACACCCUCCCAAACCAGCACUAACAACAGAAACAACAACAGACCCCUCAACCAUAACAACCUGGUCCUCCGCCCUCCGCCACGUCAUGCGAACAGUCUCCCAAAAUGAAUUCCUCCAGCGCCGCAUCCGCCGCCUAAUGCAAUCCCAGCACGAUCACGAGAAACAAUGGUGGCAGGGACGCGAAGCAUUGUGCAAGAAACAGAAGGCAAGGGGGGAGAAGAAGAAGGAGUUGGAUGAGGUGUUACGAUCUGUUGGGGCGCCGGUUGAUUUUUCAAAGGGGGUAUCUACAGCCGAAGAAGACCAGACAGAACUGAACACCUACGACGCAAAGAUCUAUGCCGCAUCCAACCAGAUGGCACAAGCCCUCACACUCGAGCUACGAGGACUGGGGAUUCCCUUCUUCAGCAUAAAGCGGGAUCUGGUCACUGGUGACCAUAAGAAUAAUGAUGAUCAUGAUAAACAACACAAAGAUAAGCUGCCUCGAGAAGAGCUCUCGGCUCUCCAACUAAGGAUGCUGGAAUUGCUACAGGAUCUUUGCAAGGAAUAAUGGUACCCAUGAAUAGUUGAUGGCUAGUACUUAUCAGUCUAGUAGAACAAUCCUUAAAGAGGACAGGCGAUGUCACUGGAUCAUAUUAUAUACACCGAUGCUUAAUACCCCGGCCAUCCGACUGGCCAACAAAAAUAAUAAUGCCAACCAUAUAUGCAAUGAUGAUAACAAUAACCCCCCUCCCCUUUGUCUAUACAAACGUAAAGACG